AUGGCCGCCCAGCAGGACCCGCCCAAGAAGCGCUGCACCGAUACGCAAAAAGCACUCUUCGCCGCGGCCCGCGAGGGCGAUGUCGACGGCUGCCGGCGGCUGCUGAUUGCGGGCGACGUCCGCGCGAACGACGUCGUGCACGCGCUGUCGGGCGGCACGGCGCUGCACGCCGGCAUUGCCCACCGCGCGGUCGUGAAAUUACUGAUCGAGGACUUCCGCGCGGACGUUAAUUCUAGAAGGCGCGACGGGUCGACGGCGCUCAUGGACGCCUGCGAGGCGGGCGAUUUGGAGAUUGCCAGGGAGCUGCUGGACACGUACGGCGCGGACCCGCACGCCGAGGACCGCGACGGCCACACGGCGCUCGACCUCGCGCGGGAGCACGGUCAUAGCAAGGUCGCGGCGCUCGUCGAGGACCGCGGCGGCCUGCCCGGGUUGAAGAAGAGCGUCGCGCGGCCGGCGAAGGAAAAAUCCCUCGCGACGGGCGUCGAGGCGACGCCGCUCUCGCAAAACGCGCGCGACCGCCUCUACACGGCGCCGCGCGCCGUCGCCUCGCCACAAUCGCGCGAGGUCGCGGCCGUCGCGCGGCGCAUCGGCGGCGACCGGCGCCCGGACCCCGCCGCGGCGCGCGACGCCUGCGACGCGUGCGGCAAGACCGUCGCCGAGCUCAAGCGCUGCUCGCGCUGCCGCGCGGCGGCCUACUGCUCCACGGCCUGCCAGCGCACGGCCUGGCCCCGGCACAAGGACCACUGCCGGCGCGCGCCCAAGGCGGCUCCGGCGCCGGCACCAGCAGCAGCCGCGCCGGCGCCCGCCCCGGCGACGACGACGAAGCCGGCGAAGGACGAGUGGGCGCUCUUCGACGAGCACUCUUCGCGGGGGUUUGGGUUUAAGGAGACCACGUAA